GUUCCCAGUCGGUCCCACCUCGACAGGGCGCGGAUCCGAGGGUGGAGUUCACCGCCGCUGCUCCGGGAACAUUUGGCGCACUACAUACUUGGCGCUGUCUGCUGCACUCCUCGCACCGCCGAGCCGCACUGCACUCCUCCUCCGGGUCUGCACUUUGUUUGGAAACUUGUUUUCAUCCGAAUCUUUCUCGGGAAGUGCCCCGUGUUGGGAAGAUGACGGCUUUGGAUCCGCUGCGUUCCGCGAUGACCAUCAGGGGUCCGGACGACACGUCGCUCGCGGUGCCCUCCGACAGCAAGCUGAGCACGGGACCGCAGCGCGUGCUGGAACAAGUGCACACCAUCAAGAGGAGCAAGAGCAAACCUGGGAAGAACGGCUCUCUGUCGCCCUCAGAAAUAAGCCUGCCUCAAAAAUUUGAGUUUGGAGCCUUCAGGUUUUCUCCAUCCAAAGCAAAUGGCACCUCCAGCCGCAUCAACUCCAGUCUGUCAACCACUUACAACAAAGCGGUAAAUACUCAGAGGAGUCGCACCCUGUCUGCUAAAACCAUGGCAGGAAGACAGUUCACCGCCUCAGGCACCUGGGACCAGCAAACCAACGGCUCCAACUGGCUCCAGAGUGCCAAUGGGUUGAAAUCCGCUCGCAGUGACCCUGCUUUGGCUCCUUCAUUUUCUGCUGCACCCGUUAUGAGAGCGAAAGGGCAGGUGGUCCAGAGCCAGAGCAACAUCCAGAGUCGAGCAAAUAGACACAGCACCUACUCUAUGGCCAACAGCACUCAGUUGACCAACAGCCAGACACGCAUCGUCCAGCCGCCCUCUGCCCAGAUUCACACUGAGGGCAGGAUGGGCACCAUCAAAGCAUCCAAGAUAGAGCAGCCGUCUGCUGUUGAGAACAUGUCAGAAAUGACACUAAAGCAGGCGGUAGAGUUCCUGACUCACCAUGAAGAGAAUUACCAGCAGUGUGGAGCCAACUUCAUCCACCACACCACCUUCAAAGAGGAGGGCACCAAACAGGAGGUUUUCCAACUAGGAGGUAUCCCCGCUCUUGUGGCCCUGCUGCGGAGCCCAAACCCCGGCGUGAACCAGGCCACUGCUGGAGCUCUAAGGAACCUGGUGUUCAAAGACCAGGACAACAAGCUGGAGGUCCAGCACUGUGGCGGCAUAGCUAAGUCCCUGCAGCUACUAAAGGAGACCGAUUCUACUGAGACCCAGAAACAAAUCACUGGCCUGCUGUGGAACCUGUCCUCCUCUGAUGCGUUGAAGAAGGAACUCAUAGCCACAGCUUUGCCUGCCCUGACUGAGAAUGUGGUGGUGCCAUUUACCUGCUGGUCUGACAACUGUGCCAAGAACAACAUACAUCCUGAUGUCUUCUACAGCGCCACAGGGUGCCUGAGGAACCUGAGCUGCUCCCAAGAGAAGGAGCGGAGGGCAAUGAGAGAGUGCCAUGGCCUCAUUGACUCCCUCAUGAGUUACAUCCAGUCCUGUGUGGCGGAGGAAAACCCCGAUGACAAGUCUGUUGAGAACUGUGCAUGCAUCCUCCAUAACUUGAGCUACCAACUGGAGGAAGAGUCCCCUGAAUGCUUCGCAAAGUACCAACCUCAGACAGAGAACCAACCUGGGGGUAGAAAAAGCCCCACAAUCGGAUGCUUCAGCCCCAAGAGCAGCAAGGCUAAACAAGAGUUUUCAUUUGACGCGGUCCGGGGAAAGCCGGAGGACGCCGCCCCAUCAGGUGUGAAGUGGUUGUGCCAUCCCAAAGCUAUGCAGACCUACCUGUCUCUGAUGGCCUCGUCCAAGAAAGGUGCCACCAUGGAAGCCUGCUGUGGUGCCCUGCAGAACCUCACUGCCAACAAGGGAAUUGGGUCCAGUGCCAUGAGUGAGAUUAUGGUUCAAAAGCUGGGGACUCUGCUGCACAUACUCCCUCUUUUAAAGUCUCCUAACCAGAGCCUGCAGAAGACGGCCAUGUCCCUGCUGGGUAACAUGUCUCGGACGAGCAGUUUGCAGACCACCAUGGCAAAGCAGAUCCUGCCUGAGCUCACCAGCCUCCUCUCCGCCGGCCCCCGAGAGAUGGGAAACUCGGACGAAACUAUAGUGACAGCUUGCAACACAGUCAGGAGUUUAAUGUUGGCGGACACCGUGGUCAGCAAGAGGUUCAUCGAUAAGGAACUGGUGUCAUCAGUGGCUGAACUCAGCGAGAACAACUCUUUUCCCAAAGCCAGCAAAGCAGCUUCCCGGCUUCUCUACAGCUUAUGGAACGAGAAGAAUUUUCAAGGCGCUGUGAAAAAGCUGGGAAUGGUAAAAUCAGUUUUUGUCAACGACAACACCACAGCAGUGCACAAGUCGAUGCAAAUUGAGUGAGUGUGCUAGACGAGUGGAGCAGCACCACAUAAUCUGAAAGGUGCAACCAGCAGCCAGUUAGCUUCGCUUAGCCAGGCUAUGUCCAAAGGUAAGAUAAUCCACACCCUGCACCUCUAAAGCUCAACACAUAACACAUAAUAUCUUGUUUGUUUUAUCCCUCAUCCCAUAAGUGUUAAAACAACACGUUGUGGUGUUACAGGUUUUAUGGGCCCUGUAAAUCCACAGUGGAGACAUGUUACCUUUGCACAGAGCCAGAUAAGCUGUUUCCCUGUUUCUAGGCUUCAUGCAAAGCUAAGAACCAGCUGCUGGUGGAGCUUCAUAUUCAUCAGAUAUGACAUCAAUCUGGUCAUCUCACUCUCAAUGAGAAAGUGAAUAAGGAUAUUUCCCAAAAUACCAAACUAUUCCUUGACAAUGCAGUACUAAAAGUCUUGGUCUUUUCUAUUGCUUUGUCAUAGAGUUGCCUAUUAAAAGAAUGUACACACUGUAUGCUAUGUUUGUUUUGUAUUUAAUGUUUUUUCAUUAUUGUUUUUUUUCGUGCAUAAGCUGAGGAAUUGGAGAAAGAGAAGUAUUGGAAUAUUGUACAUGUAACACCAGCUAUCACAUUGACUUUGACUUUGUAUAGGAAUUUGUAGCAAUUUAAACAGUCUGUCAUCCCCCUGAAAACCAUUUUUUAAGUCUGAUUUAAAUGUAUCCACAGUUGACGUGUAUUUUUUGCUACUUUACCUUUACAGUUUGAAAGUUGUAUUACAGGGUAUAUGCUCUCAUAACCAAACUACAGCCUUAUUAACUGAAAACCAAUCGCAAAUCGCUAAAGCAUAGACACAAGAUGGUUGGGAAUCCGUGGGGAUUCCCCACGGCUCCAACAGAGUUUAGACGUAUAGUCUUCCUGGACAUAUAGUCCUGCUCGCGCUCAUUUGCCUCGGGGAAGGUUGAUGUCAGUAUUGCUUGGAAUGUAUUUUUAGAAAUGUCUGUGGUAUAUAAUAAGGAGCUUUCCCUGUCACUCAGUCUGUACAUAGAAUAAAUAACAGAUAUGAAGACAGCAUUGUAAG